GCAACCCAGGGACAACUGUGGACCCGGAGGUGCGCCUGUAUCCGCAGGUGCGGUUUACUGGUUGUGAGCAAAGGCUGUUCGUCGGAACCUCCCUGCAGGAUGGGUAAAAAGAUAAAAAAGGAAGUAGAACCUCCUCCUAAGGAUGUGUUUGAUCCAUUAACAAUCGAAAGCAAAAAAGCAGCAACCGUGGUGUUAAUGCUUAAUUCUCCUGAAGAAGAAAUUUUGGCUAAAGCAUGUGAAGCCAUUUAUAAAUUUGCUUUAAAAGGAGAGGAAAAUAAAGCAACCCUCCUUGAACUCGGAGCUGUGGAACCUUUAACCAAGCUUCUCACUCAUGAAGACAAAAUUGUAAGAAGAAAUGCUACUAUGAUAUUUGGAAUCCUGGCUUCUAACAAUGAUGUUAAAAAAUUGUUAAGGGAGUUAGAUGUCAUGAGUUCUGUUAUUGCUCAGCUCUCUCCAGAAGAAGAAGUAGUUAUCCAUGAGUUUGCUAGUCUUUGUCUGGCAAACAUGUCUGUCGAGUAUACAGGUAAAGUACAAAUUUUUGAACAUGGUGGGUUGGAGCCACUCAUCAGACUACUGAGCAGCCCAGACCCUGAUGUGAAGAAGAAUUCUAUUGAAUGCAUUUACAAUUUGGUUCAGGAUUUUCAGUGUCGAACUACACUUCAAGAACUAAAUGCAAUCCCUCCUAUGUUGGAGCUCUUGAAGUCAGAGUAUCCAAUUAUUCAGUUGUUGGCUCUUAAAACCUUAAAUAUCAUUACAAAUGAUAAGGAAUCCCGUACAAUGCUAAGAGAAAAUCAAGGAUUGGACCAACUUAUUAAGAUCAUAGAUACUAAGGAAUUGAAUGACCUUCACAUAGAAGCACUUGCAGUGAUAGCCAAUUGCCUCGAAGAUAUGGAAACUAUGACGCUAAUUCAGCAAACAGGGGGUCUUAAAAAACUUCUAGCAUUUGCAGAAAACUCCACAAUUCCUGAUAUUCAGAAGAAUGCAGCCAAAGCAAUUACUAAAGCAGCUUAUGAUGCUGAAAAUAGGAAACUUUUUCAUGAACUUGAGGUUGAAAAGUGCCUGGUAACCCUUUUGGGUUCUGAAAGUGAUGGAACUAAAAUUGCUGCUUCCCAAGCUAUUUCAGCAAUGUCUGAGAAUUCAAGCAGCAAAGAUUUUUUCAAUACUCAGGGGAUUCCACAGUUAGUUCAGCUGCUCAGAAGUGACAAUGAAGAGGUGAGGGAGGCCUCGGCCCUGGCCCUGGCAAACCUGACCACUUGCAAUCCUGUCAAUGCCAAUGCUGCUGCUGAAGCCGACGGUAUCGAUCCACUGAUAAACAUCCUGUCUAGCAAACGAGACGGAGCCAUUGCCAACGCCGCCACCGUGUUAACCAACAUGGCCAUGCAGGAGCCCCUGCGCGCCAGCAUCCAGGGCCGCGACAUCAUGCACGCCCUCCUGGGCCCGCUGCGCUCUGACAACCCGGUGGUGCAGAGCAAAGCCGCGCUCACGGUGGCUGCCACCGCGUGCGACGUGGAGGCUCGGACAGAGGUGAGACAUUCAUUCUGGUUUUCCUGCUCAAUGGAUCGGGAGGCAUUCAGCUUUGCAUCUCAAUUCCUUCAGAACCUUAAGCAUGUAAGUGAGAGAGCUCAAGGUUGGAUUUCUCCUAGAAAGCAAAUAAUGUCUUUUGCUUUUAUUGACAGGGCUAUAGAUAUCCUUGAAGAAAUUAAUCUAUCAGUGAGACGAAAAAAUAAAUUCAGUGAAGCAGCUUAUAAUAAAUUGCUCAACAAUAAUCUCUCUCUGAAAUAUAGCCAGACUGGCUGUUUGUUGUCAAAUAACAUAAUUAGUGAUGGAUUCUAUGAUUAUGGUCGGAUAAAACCUGGCACCAAACUUUUGCCAUUGAAGGAGCUCUGCUUUCAAGAACCAAGUGAUCAACGAGCUGUACUCUUGAUCAACAGUAAAGCUUCUGAUAAUUCUCCACCUCCAUCUAUGGAUGAUAAAUCAUCAGAUGUUGGCUAUGGAAGAAGUAUUUCUUCUUCAUCUUCUUUAAGAAGAGGAAGUAGAGAGAAGACCAAUUUUCGUAUUAGCACUGGAUUUGGAUCUCCCACAGAAGAGAGAACAGAGCCUGCUUCUGGAAGAAACACUGUUGCUAGCAAAAGUGCUGGGAAAGAAAAAGGACCCAGGAAAGGCAGAGGGAAAAAAGAAGAGGAAAAACUGAAAGAGGAGGAAGAAGUUCUGGCAGCACCAAAACUGACUGGAGAAAGUUCUGAUAAAGAGUGGUUCUCUCCUCCUGAUCCUGAGUUCUGUAUUUAUGUGUAUGAAGUGACCAAAUCAAUACUGCCCAUAACCAAUGUUAAGGAACAGAUUGAGGUUCUGGCCAAGUAUGUGGCAGAAAAAAUGGGUGGUAAGAUUGCAAAAGACAAACUGCCUGAUUUCAGCUGGGAACUUCAUAUAAGUGAACUAAAAGUUCAACUUAAAUCCAACGUUAUACCAAUUGGAUAUAUCAAAAAAGGAAUCUUCUACCACCGAGCUUUGCUUUUCAAGGCUCUAGCUGAUAAAAUCGGUCUCGGCUGCAGUCUGGUGCGAGGGGAGUACGGCCGCGCGUGGAACGAAGUGAAGCUGGUCAACGAGUCUCGGAAGGGCUUGACCGGGGGCCUGCCGCUGCCCGAAAUCUACAUCGUGGACCUCAUGUUCCACCCGGGGGCGCUGCUGAAGCUGCAGAGCAGGGAGGCCGACUUCUACCGAUUUCUCUGAGCCAUCGAGGGAAAUGCAAGAGAGGUUUAGCUGAGAAAGUCACUACACACACUUUCUGAGAAGUUUGUCCACUGAUCUUAUUUAAAUAAAAUUAUUAGCAAUGUUCUGUGUAGAAAUGAGGAACUCUCUUGAACUGUAUGGUGCUGCUGGCUUGUGGCCAGAGUUGUUAGGUCCUGUCCUGCUCACGAUCAGUCUCUCACAUAAAGGUCUCUGUGGUCCCAACCAUUCAGGACCACUGUGCCUCUCUGUCCCAGAGGAAUCACCAGUAGGAGCUCUCAGCUGCUGCUCCCAGGAGGUCCCUGUGGCCCUCGACUGUCCUUCAUGCCCAAAGUGCUUCAGGAGCAAGUGCUGACGCUACUUCUGAGGAUUUUUUCAUGUCCUCAAUCUCCCUUUCUCACUUUCAUUGAGAUUUGGGUAUAUUGACUGGCUUAUAGGUAGACCUUAGUAUUACAAAUUCCUUUUUUAACUCCUUUUGUUCGUGUUUUUUAAAACUUACCAUUAACCACACUAUUUAGAUCCACUUCACUGAAUUGAAAUUAAUUUUUAGGGACUGGGGAUGUAGCUCAGUGGUAGAGCACUUGCCUAACAGGUGUGAGGUCCUGGGUUCAAUCCCCAGCACCACAAACCAACCAAAAGUUUCAAAAAAGUAUUUCCUAAAAAUGUCUUUGUCUUGUGUAUACUAACUUGGAAAUAGACCUUCAAUGGAGGUAGGGGAAAGGAUGAUAUGAAAAUAGGAGGACAACUAGAGGAAGGGACUGUAGCUUAACAAGGAGGAUGGAUAGGACCAAACUACUAUAUAAAUUGUCACAAUGAAACCCAUUAUUUUGUACAAUUAACAUGUGCUGAUUAAAAGGAAAGAAAAAUGUAGACUUUCAGUUAAAAACAAUCCCGAUUUAUUCUUACACAUUAUUAGUCUGAAUCAUGAAAACACAGCUUUAAAUUAAUACAACAACAACAACAACAAAAUCCUUGCUGAGCAAUUGUUUUUUUCAGAAUUGAGCACAAGACAGGAAUAAGCAUAUUUCAAUCAAGAAAACAAAAAUUAGCAGUAUGAUGACUCUCAUGAUGUGUGAAUUUCCUAGCCAGCCUUCAAGUAUAAAGUUUAUCCAUGUAA